GUGUGGAAGUUCCGUUUCCAAUUGCAUAGCAUGGAUAUGAACGCUUUUCCUUGUUCUUGGGGAAUCGAUAGCUACUAUUUAGGGAGACACUAGAAAGCAAUAAUCCUCUAUAUCAUCCUCUAUCUGCCAAAUUCUUCUUCAAAACAUGAAUCACAUGCUUUGCUUCAAAAGAAUUUGCAGUAAAACCACCACCAAUAAUAAUAACGGCGGUGGUUCUACAGGUUCCUUAUCGGUGAACCUCGAUUCACGUGACAUCCAUGAACGUCUUCAUGUUGAAGAUGAUCCCCUUGAAGCAUCUUCUACUGCAACUCCUCUGCGUCGUCUUCGUCUUCGUUCUCGUUUCCGUACUUGUGCUCGUACUCCGACCACUAAACUCGCCACCAAGGGUGUCACCACCGCACCAACCUCACCUUCCAAUUCAUAUUACACCUGCAGUCCUUACUACAGAGGCUUCACUGAUUUAUUUGCCUCACCUGUGCCGUCGUCAUCAUCACUAGUAGUUCUGACAGAUUCUGCCAGAACUACUGGUGAUAAUGACGAGAAGGACGAGAAGGACGAGGAGAAAGAGGAAGAGAAUGAUGAUUAUGAUGAUAUGAGCGAAAGCACAUCGGAAACUUCCGAUGACGAGACAGAAACAGAUACAGAGGAGAGUAACAAAGAGAAAACAAGUUUUGAGGAGAUAACAAAGUUCUUACUAUCUUCUUCAAAGGUUAGCAGAAGAGGAGCGAAAUCCGAGUUAAAUUGGUGGCCACCUAGUCCAGGCUGGGUGAAACUCAACGUAGAUGGUAGCGUCGUCGAAACCAAUGCCAUGAGUGGCUGUGGAGGAUUGCUUAGAUCUGAAACAGGUCAAUGGCUGCUAGGGUUUUCAAUUCGCAGUGAUUCCACCAAUGUUCUUGAAGUGGAGCUUGGUGCCUUGAGAAUGGGCCUUGUUCUUGCUUGGGACCAGGGGCAUCGAAAUCUAUGCUGCGAAACGGGUUGUGUUCGAGCGCGUUGUCUCUUUCAGUGUUCUGAGUCUGAUGAUGGUAUGGUGAUGAGGUCUGGUGAAGUGGAUCUUCUUGUAAAGGAGAUUCGGAGGCUGCUUCGACGGCCGUGGAACGUUCAGCUUCGCCAUGUUUUCCGGUCGGCGAAUAUGGCUGCCGGUUACUUGGCCAAGCUUGCUUCCAAGAGUGCGAAUGAUCUUCAGGUGUGGUCUUCUCCUCCUCCUGGAAUUGAGACUCUCUUGCAGGGUGAUAUUGCUCCCCAUGUCUAGUCCUUUUUCUUUUCUUUUCUUAAGUUCUUGACACUUCUUUUACUCAAAUCACAUGUGGAUUUUAGUAAUUUAAAGAUCCAUGAUUUGGAAAAUGAUUCGAAAGAACUUAAUUUGACAUUUUUUCAUAUGUUAUUUGUAGUGAAAACUCAGGUGUAGUCGGAUUUCACGUGAAGUUGAUAACUGAGUCCUUAGAUGAUUUGAUUGAUUUGACUAAAUUUUCAUCUAACUAUUCUUAGCUAUCAACUUUACGUGAAAUUGAUUGCACCCGAGUUUUCACCGUUAUUUAUACUUACUUAUUGAGUCAAAGCAUAGUUUAUAUGAAAAAUGAAACCAAUGUAUGAUAUAUAUGAAUAAUGUACACUAGAUAUCAAGUAUCAUGUCAACAUAUAUAACUGAAAAAU